AUGGAGAGACCAAUAGACUCAAAACAAAUUAUGUUCGACACUCGCAGGGAAGAUGGAUACGAUGCUGUUGUCGUGGGGUCGGGAUACGGUGGUUCCGUCGCUGCUUGUCGGUUGUCCGAGGCAGGACUCAAGGUGUGUCUGGUCGAGAAAGGCCGAAAAUGGGAAGCUAAGGAUUUUCCUACAGACAGUUUGCAGAUGAUGUCUGCAACAAGGAUGGAGAAUCACAACUUAGGUGUCAGCUUUGGUCCAAGGGAUGCUUUGUUUCAGGUUUAUGAACAGAAUGAUUCGCUGGCAGCAGUGGCUUGUGGACUUGGUGGUGGUUCACUAGUAAACGCUGGUGUAAUGCUGCCAACUCCGGUUCGUGCUCGAAGAAAUUCGAGAUGGCCGAAGGAAUGGGAAAGGGACUGGGAUAGUUGUCAAACUUCUGCUGCUUCCAUGUUGAGAAUACAAAGUGCUCCCGUCCAGUUCCCUGUUGCUAAAGUUAUGGAAGAAAUCGGUGUAGGAGAUGCUGAAGGAAUCGUUCGAGAUUCAUUGAAGUUCAGCAUGAACUUCAAUCUCGAAGAGUCCCCUUCCAGAUUACUGAAGCAUCAAAAUUUGGAUGCCUGCAUAGCCUGUGGAAAUUGUCUUGCUGGUUGUCCUUAUAAUGCCAAGAAUUCUACUGACAAAAAUUAUCUUGAAUCAGCAACUCAGGCAGGAUGUACUAUCAAGACAGAGUGCGGAGUUCAGUAUGUCGUUAAGAAUCCAUUCAAAUCAGACCGAGACGAUGAAAUCCGUGGACGAAGGUGGUUUGUGUACUUAAAUGAGAUCGAUUACAUAAAAGCUGAUAUCGUGAUCCUGUCUGCGGGAGUUUUCGGCACGACUGCAAUACUUUUCAAAUCACAGAUGAGAGGAUUAAAACUUUCAGAUGCACUUGGUUCCGGAUUCAGUUGUAAUGGUAAUAAUGUUGCUUAUCUUGCUGGAAGCUCAGGACCUUUGAAUGCCUAUGGAUUAGAUAGAAAGCAACUAUCGAAGAUACCUAUUCAGCAAGGCCUGGACCCUCGAUCUCUUCAUCUUACACUUCUUCAUUGGGUUUCACAAUUCAGAGUGCUGUACUUCCUACUGCUUAUCCUUACAUCUUGUUUAAAGGAAUCACAACAUUCGGAUGGCCGACUGGUUACUGGUUCUUUCAUGGCGUUAUCGAUAAGCUGA